UAAUAAAAUGACUAAUGAAACACCAGAGGUCGUAAAAAUCAACAAAUGGGAUGGAGCGGCGGCUAAAAAUGCUAUUGACGAUGCUAUUAGAGAGGUCUUUACUGGAGAUCUGAAGUGCAAAGAAAGUUUUGCAUUAAUCGAUGGACGAUUGUUUCUCUGUGCGUUGGCUGUAGGAGUAGCUCUGUAUGCAUUGCUGUGGGACUACCUUUAUCCCUUCCCUCAAUCAAAAUUGGUACUUAUUAUUUGUGUCUCCUCGUACUUCAUUCUCAUGAGCAUAUUGACGCUAUACACUACAUUUAAGGAGAAAGGAAUCUUUGUUGUAGCUAAGGAAAAAGUGGGAAAUGUCACAAGGGUAUGGGAAGCAAGUUCUUAUGUUAAAAAACAUGAUGAUAAAUACAAGCUAAUCCUUGUUAUGCGAAACUCUAAUGGAAAGACUCGUGAGGCAUCAAUCAACAAAUCCUUUGCAAACUAUCUUGACACAAAUGGCACAGUUGUCCAGAACAUUAUUGUCAACGAGAUAACUAAACUGUACAACUCUCUCUCAUCUGAGAAGAAGGAGAAGUGAUUACUUAAGCUCUGUCAUGCACAAAUAUAUGUAAUUUAAUGUCAAUAAAUUAUAUU